AUGAGUAGGAGUGACACCAAUAUCGGCAGCAGUAGUAAUGACAACCAGAAGCAGCAGUUAUCAGCAGUAACUAAAAUACUAACAAUACCCAACCAAGAGUGUGGUACCAUACCCAACCAUGAGUGUGAGACCAUACCCAACCACGAGUGUGAGACCAUACCCAACCACGAGUGUGAGACCAGACCCAACCACGAGUGUGAGACCAUACCCAACCACGAGUGUGAGACCAUACCCAACCACGAGUGUGAGACCAUACCCAACCAUGAGUGUGAGACCAUACCCAACACGAGUGUGAGACCCAACCACGAGUGUGAGACCACACCCAACCACGAGUGUGAGACCAUACCCAACCACGAGUGUGAGACCAUACCCAACCACGAGUGUGAGACCAUACCCAACCACGAGUGUGAGACCAUACCCAACCACGAGUGUGAGACCAUACCCAACCACGAGUGUGAGACCAUACCCAACCACGAGUGUGAGACCAUACCCAACCACGAGUGUGAGACCAUACCCAACCACGAGUGUGAGACCAUACCCAACCACGAGUGUGAGACCAUACCCAACCACGAGUGUGAGACCAAACCCAACCACGAGUGUGAGACCAUACCCAACCACGAGUGUGAGACCAAACCCAACCACGAGUGUGAGACCAUACCCAACAAUGCUUGCGUUGUGGCACAAUCUUGCUGGUUACACAAUUAA